ACUAUAUAUACUCACCACACAAAUACAAAGACACAGAGACAGAGAGAGAGAGAGAUGACAGAGUUGGAAAAGAAGAGCAUGUACGUAGAACAAACCCCAGAAACAUUGGAGAUUGACCCUAACAAGAAUUUCGACGAUGAUGGCCGAGUCAAACGAACUGGUACUUUGGUGACUGCAAGUGCACAUAUCAUAACUGCAGUGAUCGGGUCGGGCGUGCUCUCACUGGCUUGGGCCAUAUCUCAGUUGGGAUGGGUGGCUGGUCCGGCAGUUCUUGUGGCUUUUUCUUUCAUAACCUACUUCACCUCCACCCUACUAGCCGACAGUUAUCGCUCUCCUGGACCCGUCCAUGGCAACCGAAACUACACUUACAUGGACGUUGUUAGGUCUCAUUUAGGAGGUGGGAAAGUUCAGCUUUGUGGAUUAGCCCAGUAUGGUAAUCUCAUUGGGGUUACAAUUGGAUACACAAUAACUGCAUCCAUUAGUAUGGUGGCGGUCGAGAGGUCAAAUUGUUACCACAAACAUGGCCAUCAUGUCACAUGUUCGAUAUCAAACUAUCCGUAUAUGAUAAUAUUUGCUGUAAUUCAGAUAAUUCUUAGCCAAAUACCAAACUUCCAUGAGCUGUCAUGGCUGUCUAUUGUAGCAGCAGUCAUGUCUUUCGCCUACUCUUCCAUCGGCCUCGGCCUCUCCAUUGCAAAGGUUGCAGGUGGUGGGCGUGUUCGGACAAGCCUAACGGGAGUAACAGUCGGAGUGGACGUGUCCGGUUCGGAGAAGGUCUGGAAAAGCUUCCAAGCCAUUGGAGAUAUUGCCUUUGCAUAUGCCUAUUCUACAGUACUUAUUGAGAUCCAGGACACUUUGAAGUCCCCGCCCCCAGAGAACAAGGUAAUGAAAAAGGCCUCAUUAAUAGGAGUAUCGACCACGACCAUGUUCUACAUUCUAUGUGGUUGCGUAGGGUAUGCUGCAUUUGGGAAUAAAGCUCCCGGAAAUUUCCUCACUGGAUUCGGAUUUUACGAACCCUUCUGGUUGAUCGACUUCGCCAAUGUCUGCAUCGCCAUCCACUUAAUUGGUGCUUACCAGGUCUUUGCCCAGCCUAUAUUUGGUUACGUUGAGAAACGUUGCAGCCAGAAAUGGCCAGAAAACAAAUUCAUCGGGACCGAGCAUGCCAUUGACGUUCCACUAUGCGGCUCUUGGUACAUUAACUUGUUCAGACUGUUAUGGAGAACAGUUUAUGUCAUAGUGACAGCCGUGAUAGCCAUGAUAUUUCCGUUCUUCAACGAUUUCUUGGGUCUGAUUGGAGCAGCCUCAUUUUACCCACUAACAGUGUAUUUUCCCAUAGAGAUGCACAUUGCACAGGCCAAAAUACCCAAGUAUUCCUUCACAUGGAUAUGGCUUAAAAUACUGAGUUGGGCUUGUCUGAUUGUGUCACUUGUUGCUGCUGCUGGAUCCAUACAAGGGCUUGCCCACGACGUCAAGAAGUACAAGCCCUUCGAAACUCAGUAAGAUUUAGUUAGUACUAGACAUAAUGUAAAGUUUUGAAUAAGAAUUUAUGAACUUGUCCGGAUGUAUUUUAUAUAUUUGGGGAACAUCAAAGACGGACUCAUUACGGCAGUAAGAAACUGGAAAUAAACCUACCUUGUUGCUAAUGCAAAA